AUGCUUCGAUGGUCGGGAGGGGUUACCAGGCUUGAUAAAGUCAGAAAAGAACACAUACGUGGAACCUUCAAGGUAACCCCCAUCCCCGAAAAACUACAGGAAUGUCGUCUGCGGUGGUACGGACAUGUCAUGCGCAGGGAUGAUGACUAUGUGAUGAAGAGAGCGCUAUACCUGCUGGAAAAAGAAAGAGGUAGAGGCCGGCCCCCAACGACAUGGUGGACCAGCAUGACCAGCCUAUUAAAGAAGGAGGAGCUUCCUAAUCCGACAACCCUAGACACAAUGUCAUGGCGCAGAAAAAUAAGGAGAGCCGACCCCACCUAA